AUGCCUAUCGGGGAUCUCCUCGCCCAGAUCAGUGGCGACAAGUCACAGAGCACAUCACCAGCUCCAUCGAGACCGCCCAUCCCCCCUCCGAAACGGAAAGCCGAUGACGACCUCCGGAGCACUUUCUCGAAUAAGACGCCGCGAACGAGCACAAAUGGCUCCGGUUCUUCUGUCCCCCCGAAGCCGGCGGAUGCCCAGAGACCCGCGCGGUCUGCAGAGAAGCCGGCGACGACCACUACCGGUUAUCGAGGCAGUGCAGGCCGACCCUCCGAUCGACCCGUAUCUGCGCCGAAGCCCGUUGGUAAUGGCAGCAUCGCCGCAAAGCCCAGCUCUUCUGGAGCUAAACCAUUAAAUGGGUCCAGCAUGUCGAGGGUCACGUCUAACCUGCCGAGUCGGCCACCGCCAUCCGCUCCCGCCGCUGCACCCAAACCGGGUGCCCCCCCGAAAAAGGGAUCUUUCGCCGAGAUCAUGGCACGGGCUCAACAGGCUCAGACCAAGAUGGGCCAAGUCGGCAAGAUCCAGCACAAGCCUGUGGAGAAGGUCUUCACCAAGAAGGAACGGGAGGAGAUGAAGAAAGAGUCCAAGAAGGACCCAAAAGCUGCUGCAAGGCAACCGUCCAAGUUUCAAGGGACCGCGAGAUCAUCUUCUGCUGCUCCGUCACGUAAUGGAGCAAGCGCCAACCGAAAUGGGGCAGCCGACAGAACAAAGGAUCCCCGGGCCGCUGCGAAGGCACGUGCUGCCGCCGCCGAGGAGGAGAACCAGAAGAAGCUCAAGAAGGCCGCCAUCGCGACAACGGGGUACACAGGCACCGCCCGUCCAAAGCCUGGUGCGGCGUCGGCCAAGAAGAAGCCGGCUCCUGGAGGUGCGCUCCUCAAUGCACGCCCUGCCCCACGCUACGGCGGCUCCGCGAAACGGUCACGUUACGAUGACGAGGAGGAGGACGAAGAACUCGACGACUUUAUCGAAUACGAUGAGGACGAAGAGGAAGCCGGGCCUCGCUACACGUACGACUCGGACGGCUCUUCAGACAUGGAGGCCGGCAUGGACGACGUGUGGGAGGAGGAGGCCAAGGCGGAACGCGUCGCGCGACUCGAGGAUAUUCAACAGGAGAAGCUUGAGAAGCGACUAAAGGCCGAGAAGGAGGAGCGCAAGCGCAGGUUCUACGAGCAGCAGAGGGCUCGACGCUGA